AGGAGGUACGGAUUGCACUGAACGAAAACUUUAUGAUUCACUCCGAUCCAGGCUUUCCACGCGAAAAAGAAUAUUUCUUUUUCCUUUCCUGAGACUAACAUAAAUAGUCAUCUCAGUUCAGUUUGAAAUGUCGAGUACAAGCAAGGAUGCACCGGAUAAAAAGCGUAAGAAGACAAGUAAAAGUGAUUUGAGUCCUCUGAAAGGAAGUGGAUUAGAUGGAAAGAAAAUAAAACUGGAAACUCACAGAGAUUCAAGAACAAUCGUGGUGGCUCAUGGGACCAAGAGUCCAAGGCAGUUGUUUUACCAAGAGGAUGAAGAAUCAAUGAAACGUGAUGCCAAGCAGGACAUGGAGCUCUACAAGGCUGCCUGUGAGGAAAUACAACUGAUGAUGUUAAAAGUCAAGAAAAUGAAAGACUCUGACUCUAGUGACACUGCUGUAUUAGAUGAAUGUAGGAUCCAUGGCUCUCUCCAGUUCGCCACCCUGAAGAAACUGAAUCGUUUGGCACACAUGAGAUGUAAAAAAGUGCGAGAUAGCACACAUGAGGCGAAGCAGAAGAUUGACCAAUACAACUUACAACUACAGAAUCUUCUGUAUGAAACAACUCAUUUACAGAAGGAGAUCACAAAAUGUUUGGAAUUCACGUCUAAAGACGAGGAUAUUGAACUGGUUGAUGUUGAAGAAUUCUACAAAGAGGCACCACCUGAAAUCAGCAAAAUUGAGAAAACAGAAGGAGAUGAACAUGAGCUGAGACUGGCCAGACUUGACUGGGAAUUGGAGCAGAGGAAGCAGCUUGCAAAAAAGUUGAAGGAUGCCUUAUCAAGUAAAGAGGGGCUUUCUAAAAAUAUUGCUACCAAGAAGGAAAACCUGGAUAGUCUCCAACCAAAACUGAAUGCCAUUCUCAAGGAGACCAAGCCGAUCCAAGAGGAACUUGGAAUGCCAUUUGAUGAGGUUCGACAACAACACAAGAUGGCCAGAUUCUUGCCACGUCCUCUAUAUGUACUUUACAUGCAAGCAUCAGCCUAUCAUGAGGCUUGUGACAAGGCUAUGAGUGUUACAAUCAAUGGUGAAAUGGAGGAGGUGAAAUCACUAGAGCCUGACUAUGCUGCAAAACUUCUAUUUGACAGUGACAGUGAACCUGAAGAACAGGAAGAUGGAAAGAAAGUAUCUAAACACAGGAGGAAGACAGCAGGAGACAAGUUAGACCUGAAGAGAAAGAAAUUGCUCAGGCAACACCCCCUAACAGUUGAUAUAUCCAUAAACUGUGGAGAUUCUAACGUGCUGGAGCUGAACUUCUGUUACUUGAUGCUGUUAGAGGUUGUCACUGUGAAACUGAAAGCAAACAUUAAUGCUACAACUUCUAUAUCAGGAGGGGACCUGUUAUCUGAAGACAUGCUUUUGAACUGCCUAUACCCUGGUGAUGAUGGUAAAACAUCCCCUAAUCCCACUAAUGGUUACCCCCUCAAUAAAUUAGGCAUCACAAGACUGGAUAAUUUCUCUGGCACAAUUGGCAAGCCAUACAUGUGGGCCCAAUGGCUUUCAGGUCUUGAGUUUCUAGAGAGUGAAGAUGCUGAGUUUAAUGUCAACCAGCAAGCCUCAAACUCUGUCAGCUCCAGCCGAAUGGAAGAAACCCUGUUAAAGAUCAGACGGAGAGUCAAUUCAAGAAUUGCCCUCCAAAAGCAGCUUGCAUCCCUUGAGAGAUGCUCAGUGAAUGUAUCACCAGAACAUUUAGAAUUGUUCCCACAUAAGGUUCUCUCCAAGAUUAGCAGCUGGAAGAGGACAACCUAUGAAGACUUUGUUUCUGUGCCAUAUACAGAGGAAAUGACAGAAGAGGGUCUUGUACAGGAGUCUGAUAUGUUCUUCACAACAGUUCUUGAGAGGGGCUCUGCAAAACUUAUUGCUCAAGUUGUCAUCAGUCCAGAUUAUCCUAACCAGCCACCUCUUUUAGCCACCCAAGUGCAUUAUGGGACAAAACGCACUGCAUUCUCAGAUGAAAGUAUCAAAGAAAUAGAAGCAGAAGUUAAUCUCCAUUUUGAAGAGCUCACCAGCCAGAAGUCAUGUGACCAACUGUUAUCCAAUCAGAUGCAGCGGUUACUGAUGUGUUUUGAUGUGUAUUUGGAGACAGAAGAAAACAAUGCUGCUGUGUCUGGACCUAAAGAGUUUCCAAAGGAGAACAUAUACCAGAGGACUUGCAGGGGCAGGAAUCGUGGGAGACCUUACUUCUACAACAAACUAAGAGGCUAUUUUAUACAAAGACACUAAACACUAUUAUUGAUGAGAGACACUAAACCUACUAAAGAUUUAACCACUAGAAUACCUACUAAACAGGGUUAUAAGAAAGCCCUAUUCAAACCUCCUAAAAAUUGUAAAAAACAGACAAGACCUAAAUGUAUGUUACAUGUAUGUAAAUAUAUAUGUUUCUUAAAAAACA